AUGUGUUCUAAAUUAGCAGUUCUCGUUGUUCUGGCUGUAUGCCAAUGCGGCUUAGCUUGGAUCUUCAACAAUAUCGAUUAUAGAAUGUUGGAAAAAAGCCUUUUGGAAGAAAUGGAAGCAUCUGAAGAAGAUUAUGACUUGACGCCUGAAGAAUUAGCUCGAUUAAGAUUCAGUUUAAUAUACCCAGGUACAAAAUGGUGUGGUCCCGGUAAUAUUGCUGAUAACUACGAUGAUCUUGGCACAUCCAAAGAGGCUGAUUACUGUUGUAGAAAUCAUGAUAACUGCCCCGACAGCAUACCCGCUGGGGAAACGAGAUUUAAUCUCACCAACGACGCAUAUUACACCAGACUAAGUUGCGAAUGCGACGAAUCCUUCCGUCAAUGUCUGCGAAAUACAACCACGAGAUCAGCUAAAGCCAUCGGGCUCAUGUAUUUCAAUGUCAUUGGAACACAAUGUUUCCGUGAUGAUUAUCCAGUCACAGGAUGUAAGAGGAAGGGAGGGGACAAAAAAUCGAUCAGUUUCAAUGAUUUUGAACAAAUUCAAGGGCUACAGUUCUAA